CGGCUGUCAGUGGGCGACGCGAGGCAACGGCGACGGUGCUCCGCCAUCGGCGAUGGCUGGCGAGGCGCGGGCCGCCGAUGCUGACGGCGACGAAUGCGCGACUCCAUGUACUAGAGAACAACAAGCAGCGAAUAUUAGUCUCCACAAAACAAUAUGCACAGUGCUUUCUUUGCAUGCCUAUCGAUUUCUGCGAGUGCAGGUUGUGACAUCGUGUAUUUCAGUGGCUGCUCAAGUUUUGUUGCCACACCUGCUUGCUGCAUGUCGAGCACUACACAACCUGAUUGUUUCAAUCUUAAAGCGCCAGCUAUUCUCUCUUCCAGCACUUUCUGUCAAAUGUGCAGCUGAUCGCAGGAAAAGAUCUGAAGAAAAUAAUAUUAUGAAGACAGGCAAUGAAGAUAUUCAUAUAGAGGUCCUGUAUGAACCUACAGCAAAUUCUGUUCCACGAGCAGAUAUUAUAUUUAUACACGGACUCCAUGGUGGGCCAAACAAGACAUGGAGACAAGGCAGCUGGAAACAUGAAAGGGCAUAUAUUCAGCCCCAGCCACUAAAGAAGGAAGAUCAUGAGAAUGAGAAGCAAUGGGAAAGUGAUGACUCAAAACAUGAGGACCUAGCAGAUAUGAAAAAAACAUACUCAGCCUGCUGGCCCCGUGACUGGUUGCCACUAGACUGUCCAGGAGUACGUGUGAUAGCAGUUAACUACUCCACAGAUGCAAUGCUUUGGUGCCCUGUUGGAGUUAAACAACCACCACGCACAUCAAUGAUCGAAAGAAGCUGUAAAAUGAUUGAGCUCUUGUGCAGGAUUGGUGUAGGAAAUUACCCAAUUGUAUGGGUAGGCCACUCAAAAGGUGGACUGUUUGUGAAGCAAAUAAUAGUUUAUGCACAAGAAAGUGGCAAAGAAAAUUUAGCUGGCCUGUACCGUAAUACGAGAGGAAUAAUGUUCUACAGUGUGCCUCAUCGUGGAUCUGUCCCUGCCAAGAUAAACUUGCCAUUUCUCAGGCAAUCCAUCGAACUGACAGAAGUACAUGCAAAUUGUCAUAAUGUCUUGGAGCUUCAUGAAAAAUUUCUUUCCCUUGUAAAUAGAAAUCUGUUACAAGCUGAAGUCUGCAGUUUCACAGAAACAGUUCAGACAUUUAUGAAGCUUGUUUACUUACAGAUUGUAUCAGUUGAAUCAGCCGAUGCUGGGAUUGGUGAACUGUAUGGUGCUCCUCUAGAUCACACCAGUAUAUGCAAACCUGUUGAUAGGCACUGUUUUCUCUACAAGCAGCUCAUAAAUUUGAUCAACAGGACAGUGUGAUGAUGAAAAGUUAACAUGUCCAACAGAAGUCAGAAGCCCUAUAUCUGUUUUGCAGCAAACACUUCAAAGAUAUCAGGCUCCAUAAGUAUUUUUACUGCAUAAGUUGAUGAAGUGUAAAUACUAUUUGGAUGAAAUACAGGUUGCAAUAACAUUGUUAGCUCAACACAACCGUUUCUGUUCGCAUAUUUAUAAGAAAUCAUCUACUCAUCAGAGGUUGUCUGCUGAAAUAUAUACAGAUCUUCAAUAAACACCAUGAACUGCUGUAAAAGGUUCAUUUAAUACUAAAUGUACUAUUGUGUUUAGAAUAAUCUUUCGUACUCAUAGUUAGUUACAUUCCAUUGUGGAUAUAGUAGCAUUAAUUCUCAUAACAAAGCAGAAGCAAAAGUUGAGGCAUGGCUCCCCACAUUUGUCAGUUUUGUUGAUACCUCUGGGAGAUUUCAGAGUGAAGCUGUUACAUAUGGUUGGCCAAGGUAAGAAGAAAAAGAAAGCUGCUUGUCUGUCCAUCAAUAUCUCUUAUCUUCAGUUUCUGCCACAAUAUUAAAUAAUAUAUUCAGCAUAAAACAUAUAGAUAACAGCCCAAAAUUUAUUUACUUAGGAAUGCCUCAGUCUACAAAGUUAAAGUGAUAAUGAUAACAGUUAGUCACUUAGACUUCAGGUAUGAUUUCAAUAUCUAAUUCAGAAUUUAAUUGUUAGUAAUGGUUGUUUAAAUGUACUGAUUUAAUAACAGUUUCUUUAUUUCUCCAAUUUGUGCAAUAAUAAAAUGAAGCAAAUACAAU